AUGGCGAACAAUCCUCAGCAAAUGUGGAAGCAGUUGCAGCAGAUGGCUGAGAAGACUCGAAAAUCCGGAGGAGGCGGGCCAAGUCCAAGGGGAGCUGCGGGAGGGCUCGUGGGUCUUGUAAUCCUCGGUGGUGUCGCGAUGGUCGGAAGCAAUGCACUUUUCAACGUCGAUGGUGGUCACAGAGCGAUCAAAUAUACCAGACUCGGUGGUGUUGGCAAGGAAAUAUACUCUGAAGGAACUCACAUCAAGAUUCCAUGGUUCGAGACGCCAAUAGAUUACGAUGUUCGAGCGAAACCGAGAAAUGUUGCCUCCCUCACCGGUACCAAGGAUCUUCAGAUGGUUAACAUUACCUGCCGUGUGCUGUCAAGACCGAGAGUGGAUGCUCUUCCUCAAAUAUACCGAACAUUGGGCACAGACUACGACGAGAGAGUUUUGCCUUCGAUUGUAAAUGAGGUUUUGAAGAGUGUGGUUGCUCAGUUCAACGCUAGUCAACUGAUUACACAGCGUGAGAAUGUUGCAAGAUUGGUCAGGGAGAAUCUAUCAAAGCGGGCGGCGAGAUUCAACAUCAUGUUGGAUGAUGUUUCAUUAACACAUCUCGCAUUCUCGCCAGAAUUUACCGCUGCCGUCGAAGCCAAACAAGUCGCACAGCAAGAAGCACAACGUGCUGCAUUCGUCGUUGACAAAGCCCGUCAGGAAAAGCAAGCUAUGGUUGUUCGAGCCCAGGGAGAAGCACGAUCUGCCGAGCUUAUUGGAGACGCCAUCAAGAAGAGUCGAUCAUAUGUGGAUUUGAAGAGAAUCGAAAAUGCCAGAGCUAUUGCCACAAUUCUACAUGAGGCUGGAGGACGAAACAAGCUUUACCUAGAUUCGGAAGGCUUGGGAUUGAAUGUUGUGGAGGGAUACGAGGACAAAAGCAAAAAGUAA